CACAUCGCUCAUUCAGCCAUGUGAUCAGGGGUUGAUUUCGACAUUCAAGAGUUAUUACACCAGACGAGCAAUGCAUGCGCUGAGCGUUGCUCACAGAGACGGCAUUAUCGAUGGUCCUCAGGCUUACUGGAAGACCUUCGAUAUCAAAAAGGCCGUCGAGAUGAUUGGCGAGGCGUGGCAGGAGAUCACUCCUGUAACCAUGAAUGCCGUGUGGAGGAAACUAUGGCCACAGGCUGUGCAUAACUUCACUGGCUUUGCUGUGCCCGACACUGCCGCCCUCAGCAAGGAGAUUGCUGCCUUGGCCAACGAAGCUGCCCUCGGAGACGGAAAGGAGGUCACAGAGGAAGACGUGCAGCAGCUCCUCAAUUCUCACGACCAGGAGCUAACAACGCAAGACCUCUUGGAACUCGAGGAGACCAGGACCGAUGCUGCCGACCCCGAGUCUCCCGUCCCUCCUCUGACGAUCACGCAACUACAAAAGGCUUUGGAGCUCUACUAUGAAGCAAAUGACUUCUUGCUCCAAAUUGACCCUGAUAUGGACAGGAGUUUUAAAGUGCGUAGCUCUGUAAAAGGAGCCAUACGGUGCUACGAGGAGCUCUUGAGGUCCAAGCAAAUGGAAAAGAAGCAGCAGAGAAUCACAGCUUAUUUCAAGCCAGCUUUAGCCCCACAGCCAUCAGCAGCAGCACCACCAAGCAGUGAUUAGGCAGCAAGUGUCCAUGUCCAGUCCCCUCCACUUCAACGCUCAUCACUUAGCGUUGCCAGUUUGUGAACCCCUUGCUUCGACUCGAAUCCGAAACACAUCCCAGCCAGCGUGAGGAAACGUGAGGGUGAUGGAGGGGUUGGGGGGGGGCUUGGAGUGGUGCGGUGGUGUACUGUUUGGCACGUGUUUCGGGCACGAGAGUCGAAACUGGCCUUUCACAGCUUGGGAAGUAAACAUUGGCAAUGUUAAGUGAUGAGUUGUAGUGACGAGUUAGAGGGGAUUGUCCUAACAUAUGUAAUGCAUUUCUAUAACAGUAAAGGAACAGGAAAUGGUAA